AUGGGACUCAAUGGGACAUCGAAGCUCGCCAUGAUUCUCAGUUCUUGUUCUACGGACUUCGGUGUUGAGGUUUUCCUCGUCUGCGUCCAAUUCCGAUCAUUCUCCAGUAACGUCCGAGCUAUGGGUCCAUUGCUGUGGACGUAUCGCAACGUGAGUGCGGAUCCUCCUCACGAACCACCCCCGGAAGGCUUAUCACGCAAGGCCAUGUCUGGCUUCUUGUCUCUCGCCAUCGAGAUCGUUUGCAUCCUUAUCUGGCCAAGAGAUUGGUUGAGCUCAGAUAUUGCCUCUCGCUUGAAACUAUGGGGCUUGUAA